UUCGUCUCGGAAAAGUGGGCGGUGUUCUGCCGCGGUGUGGGCAUGGAGAGCCUCAGAGCUGCCCAGCUCGCCUGCCGCCGUGUCAGACGUGAUGACAGCUGACUGUACCGAGACCCGCGGCGAGGCUGGACUGCCGGGACGCCCUCCGCUGCGAGCAUGGCCUCUUGACAUUUGCGUUUAGGCAUAGCGGGUCUCUCCCUCCCUCCUUCAGGAAAGCAGCGCCCGCGCGGACCCCGGGGCUGCCCAAAAGUUGCUCCGACUAGAGGCAACUCCGCCACCACAUCACCAAACUGAAGAAGUUGGAUAUCUAGUCUGACCGGAUCUAACGGCCGCUAUCUCAAAUUCAUACACAACAAAUUUAAAGGUGAUGAGCCAUGGAAGCAGGAUCGCUGGUUCGCGCUAUGUUCGAGUUCCUCCCCAGCGUGUCGGAGGAGCUGCCGCUCUUCCCCGGCGAUGUGAUCGAGGUGUUGAGUGUCGUGGAUGAGUUCUGGUUGCUAGGAAACAAAGAUGGCGUCACAGGUCAGUUUCCCAGCACCUUUGUGGAGGAAGUCACCAUUCCCAGCACCAAGCCUGGAGACAGACUGUAUGUGUGCAUCAAUGACUUCAGCUCAGCACAGCCGGGACAUCUGUCCCUGAAAAGAGGGGACGUGGUAGUUGGAGAAUCCGGGGGGACCGCGGCUUUCGGGGAGUCCUGGCAACGCGGCAGCAACGCCUGGGGCAUCCGCGGCCUCUUUCCCACGUCGUGUGUGACGGAGCUGAACCUGUCGUGCCGCUCCAGGCAGCUCUCCGAGCGCUCCGCUCAGGCCCAGGCCUUGGAGCUCCCCCCUUACGCCCUCGGCCAAGCUCGAGCGCUGAUGAACCUCCACGCGCAGCUAAACGAGGAGCUGGACUUCCGUGAGGGGGACCUGAUAAUCAUCACGGGUCUCCCUGAGGCCGGGUGGUUCGAGGGCGAGCUGGAGGGCCGCAGAGGCCACUUCCCGGAGGGAUUCGUGGAGCUCCUGGGUCCCCUCCGAUCUCCGCAGGAGCCUGCUGACUUCCAACAGUUCACCUCUGAAGACUCGGGAGUUGUUGAGGACAAGAGCGUGGAAGAGGAGGUUUUCUUAACCGAAGAGGAAGACCAAAAGGACAUCUUCCUGGAGGAAGAGGAAGACGGCCUCUUCGGAGUGGCUCUGUAUGAAUUUCGGGCCAUGGAGCCGGGAGAGCUGGACUUUGACGUGGGGGAUCGCAUUCGCAUCGUAAACACUUUGGAGGAUGGUUGGCUUGAGGGGGAGCUGCGAGGACAGCUGGGUAUUUUCCCUCAUCGGUUUGUCAGAAUUGAGGACAACAGACAAAAAGUCGAAGAGGAAGCACAUAUCGAAGAAGAGAAGGAGGAUCACUCCAGCUUUUUGUACCCCAACGGGUCCAAUAGCGAACCGUAUGAUUACCACGAAGAUCACACUGUGUGGAACUUGGACUAUUUCGAGAGAACGAAAGAGCACGCCAUCAAAAGUGACAGAGCAGAGAAAGAUGGUCCUAACAGAAAUAUCAGUCAAUCACAUCAAAGAGUGGCCAAAUCUACUCCUCCAGCCAGACCUAAACUCCCACCACGGCCUACCUUUAACGCACGCCACUCUAGACAACACCCCGGCUCAACCACAAAACUAUCACAGCCUAAACGCACUCACAGCCUCACCCUCCCCAACUCUCAGUCUCACUGGUCGACAGACCAUAGAGGUCAUCAGAGGUCGUCAGCGGACAGACCCGCCAGCAUCGGUCAGGCGUUGGUUAACAUCGCCGAAGCCCACAGACAGCGGAGGCUAACUCGCAAUGCUAGCGCGAGCAGCGCUGACGCAAUACGUGGCGCCGAUGGACCGAGGCGUUCACCGACGCGAAGCACCAACGGGAUUCUACCAACUUCCAUGGCCUUAGAAGUUCUGGCGAGCGCGGCCGGCGACCUGGAGGCCAAACUGUGCCAGCAGCUCUCGGAGUUUGAGAAAAGCUUGACGGCGCCGUUCAGCUCCUCCGCCGUAGACUUGAACCAGCAGUCGGCGGUAUCACGCCACUUUUCUAUAAUGGAUUACCGAGACGAAAGUGACAUCUUUCGAGGUUCCUCUGCGUCCAAGAUGUCGAACACUUCCGUGUAUGAGAGACCCAGAACGCUGCGGCCUCCGCCUCCACGCCCCCAAACCCUGCGGACCCCAGUCCCAGCGGCGUGCAGACCCAUGCGUCCCGCUCCGCGUCCUCCUCCUCCGAGACAGAAUCCGACUCGUCCCGCCAGCAACCCAGUCCACUAUAGUCCUGACGAACCGCAGGUCCUCGCCGAGGAUCAGGAAUCGGGCGACCUCGGAGACGCCAAGGAGCACGAAAUCCAGAUGGAGCUGGAGAGCGCUGAAGACGAAGUGACGCAGCGGCUGCAGGAGGUGGAGCGCGACAUGGAGGAAUACUCGCGCACCGCGGAGGAGCUCAGGGCCAUGCUGGAGGAGGAGGAGGAGGAUGAGGAGGCCCGCAUGCAAGCCCUGGAAAAUCUGGAGUUCUGCAACUGCACACUGGAGGCGCUGGCCCGAGAGCAGCAGCAGCUGCAGCUUCAAGAGAUGACGUUUCUGUCAUCCCAGCCCAAACCUUUGGACUCCACCCCGGCGUCGGACAUGUCAUCCGGCUCCAACACCAGCUCGGACAAUCCCGAGCAGAGGAUGUUGGAGAAGAGGAGCAAGGUGAUCGAGGAGCUGCUGCAGACGGAGAAGGACUACAUCAAAGACUUGCAGAUGUGUGUGGAGGAGAUCAUCGAGCCUCUGCAGAAGAAGCAGGUGAAGAACAUGGACUUUAAUGGACUUUUUGGAAACAUUACCAGCGUGAUUGAAUUGUCCCAACGCCUUUACGAUGAACUCCAGGAGACGGACUCCAUCGGAAAAACAUUUCUGGACUUCAGAUCUCAGCUGGAAGAGGUCUACAAGCUCUACUGCCAAAACCACGACGAUGCUAUUUCACUGCUGGAGACGUACGAGAAGGACGAAAGCAUCCAGCGCCACGUUCUGGAGUGUCUGGAGCGGCUGAGAGCCAUAUACCGAAACUGGGGCAAAGCCAACUACAUCAACCUGGGCUCGUUCCUGAUCAAACCGGUGCAGCGGGUGAUGCGGUACCCUCUGCUGCUGACCGAGCUGCUGGGCGCCACUCCGGAGAGCCACCACGACAGACCGCAGCUCACGAAAGCUGUGCAGGUCGUCAAGGAGAUCAACGUGAACAUAAACGAGUACAAGCGCCGGAAGGAUCUGGUGAUGAAAUACAGAAAAGGAGAUGAAGACACGUUCAUCGACAAGAUCUCCAAGCUCAGCAUGCACUCCAUCAUUAAGAAGUCCAACCGUGUCAGCAGCCACCUCAAGCAGCUCACAGGAAUGGCACCUCAGUUUAAGGAUGAAGUGUUUGAUGAAGCUGAAAAGAAGUUCAGACUGCAGGAGAGACUGAUCAAGACUUUCAUCAGAGACAUUUCCUUAUAUCUGCAGCAUUUAAGGGAAUCUGCCUCCGUCAAAGUCCUGGCCGCCAUCAGUUUCUGCGACAUCUACAACGAGCGCAGCUUGAUGGACCCCGAAUCUUUUCAGCGAGCUCACCGCUGCAUCAGCGACCGACAGUUCACUCAGUUUAAGGAACGCACAGAAACGCUGGUCAUCAACCCGCUGACUCAGCUGCUCGCCAUGUUCGCCGGGCCGUACAAGCUCAUCCAGAAACGCUUCGACAAGCUGCUGGACUACGACAACUGCAAGGAGCGAGCCGAGCGGCUGAAGGACCGCCGCGUGCAGGAGGAGCUGCGGGUGGCGCGCAACAACUACGAGGCGCUGAACGCGCAACUUCUAGACGAGCUGCCCAAGUUCCUGAAGACGGCCGAGGAGCUGUUCUUAGGCUGCGUUACGGCCUUCGCUCAGGCCCAGAAAGACUUCAUGAGGACCACGCUGGACGAGCUCAGGCCGCUCCUGCAGCAGUUUUCCAAUAAAGUGGGUACGAGUGGAAACCUAAUCACACAGUUUCAGGAGGAAUACAACUACGUCCUCCGACUUCUCCAAAGCUUCAGCUUCUGCCCAGAAAACCUCCCUCUCGCCACCUCCACUAAAAAGCCCACGGAGAAGAAAACUCUGGAAAAACAAACCUCUAAGAAGCAAAUUCAAGGACCUCCUAACUGCAGCACGCAGACCGACGAGCACCGGACGGCGCUGCUCGCUCGCUACGGCCCUGAGACCCUCUUCCAGGCGGAGAGGAACUUCAACGCUGCCCAGGAUCUGGAUAUCUCCAUUCAGGAGGGGGAUCUCGUGGGCGUGAUCAAGCAGCAGGACCCCAUGGGGAGCCAAAACCGCUGGCUGAUCGACAACGGAGUUACAAAGGGUUUCGUGUACAGCUCUUUUCUCAAACCCUACAACCCGCGCAGGAGCCACUCGGACGUCUCCAUUGAGAGCCAGUCCUCCAAUGAGUCCGGUUACGGCGGCUCCUCCCCCGUUUUCUCCCGCCAGAACAGCAACAGCACCCUGACCUUCAACCAGGACACGGCCACCGUCAGCUUCUCCACCAGCCAGCCCCAGGGCCAGUCCUCCCCACACCCGUCUCUGGACUCCGCCUCGUCUCGCAGGAGCCAGCCCCGGGACGCGCUCGAUUCCGGCAGCCAGAGCAACUCCAUGAGCUCCUCGCCCCAAAUUCGCUCGGACCGCAGAGACUUUUCAGAGCAGAAGCGCCGAGACCCCGAGCCCCGGUACCGGAGCUCAGGCGGUCACAGAGACUCCUACGAUGCCAGCUACGGAAGCGGAAACAAAGACACAUCCGACUUCUCCGAGACGGACUCGUAUUCCUCUCAAAGAAACGGUCGCUCACAGCGGCACGAACGUACGGAGAAAAGCUACAGCUCCCACCAGUGGAGACAGAAUGGAAGGCAGAAGAAGCCCGGUUACACCAGAGAGGACUACAUUGAGCCUAAACCAGAACCAGAACCCAAAGAUGAACCUGACAGCCAGCAAAUUUAUUACGCCCUCUACUCCUUCACCGCUCGCUGCACCAACGAGCUGAGCAUCUCAGCCAAUCAGCGUCUGCGGAUUCUGCAGUUUCAGGACAUGAACGGGAACACGGAAUGGUGGCUCGGGGAGGCGGGAGGCCAGCAGGGAUACGUGCCUUCCAACUACAUCCGCAAGUCAGAGUACACAUGAGCAGAGAGACUCGGCCACGAUGGAACAAAAUAAACUCUGCACACUGUGGCUUCAUCUAAAGCUGAUUUGACCGGAUGAUAUGCUUAUAUUUAUAUCUUUUUUUUAAAAAAGAAUGAUUUUUACUCACUUGAAGCUGCCACCAGCUUCAGCGAAACCCUGUGAAAUGCCAUAAAGUCUGAGGCUGAAGACACUGGAAGCUUUUGUAAACUUUGGCCUUUUGGGAGAUUGCAAUAGAAAUGUUUUCCGACCGGAUCUUUCCGUUGAUGCAUGAAUAUGAUAUGAAAUGAUGUUCACAGUCCAGGCUUGAAGCACUUACUGGUGAGGUCUGCAAAGCAGUUUGGAGUGAAGGAAAUCAGGACAAUUUUGUUCAUAAAAUAUGGUUUACAAGCACUAUUUUUUUUACCAAAUUAACUCUGUAAGCAUCUUCUUGGAUGAGAGGAAGCUGACAAACAGUGAAGAAUGUCUGGUUUACUUCCACUUACAUCCUUUGUAAUUAUCUUGUGCUGUACAUUGAAAAUAUGAUCUUGCACCCUGAUAGAGUGAUCACUGUUUGAAUAAUAAACUGAGAAAAAAUG